AUGGAAAUGAGACACAAGAAUUUCAAAGCUGCUUUGGAGCUUCUAAGACGGGCAACAGCAGAGCCAUCAGUUGAGGUCCAACGAAGGGUGGCUGCUGCUGCUUGGAACAAAGAACCAGUCCAGAUGAAGCUGCACAAGUCCUUGAGAGUCUGGUCUCUCUAUGUCGAUCUAGAGGAAAGCCUAGGUACAUUAGAGUCGACUCGUGCUGUAUAUGAGCGAAUGUUGGACCUAAGAAUCGCCACUCCACUAAUCAUAAUCAACUACGCAUGCCUUCUAGAGGAUAAUAAAUACUUCGAAGAUGCAUUCAAGAGAUAUGGCAAGACGAAGCUGGAACGAGCUAGAGAGCUGUUCGAACGUGCCUGUCAAAUGACUCCUGCAGACUGUGUGAAACCUGUGCAUCUUCAAUAUGCGAAGCUGGAGGAGGAUUAUGGUUUGGUGAAGCGAGCUAUGAAGGUUUACGAUCAAGCCACCAAGGCAGUCCCGAGUAACGAGAAGCUGGAUAUGUAUGAAAUCUACAUUGCCCGAGCUGCUGAGAUGUUUGGUGCCUCAAGGACGCGAGAGAUAUAUCAACAAGCAAUAGAAUCUGGGCUCCCGGAAAAGGAUGUAAAGAAAAUGUGCCUCCGGUAUGCUGAACUAGAGAAGAAGUUGGGAGAAGUGGACAGAGCACGAGGAAUUUAUGGAUAUGCAUCCCAGUUUGCCGACCCGGUAUCUGAUCAAGAUUUAUGGAAAAAGUGGCAUGACUUUGAGGUUCUUCACGGAAAUGAAGAUUCCUUCCGAGAAAUGCUGCGAAUCAAGCGAACUGGUUCUGCUAAUUACAUGAUGCAGACACACUUCGUUCCACCAGAGAAUGUGAUACAGCGCAAGGAUCAAUCGAUGAGCAUCUACGAUGCAAAAGACAGACACAGGCUGAUGGGCGAUGGUGAUGGCGAUGGCGAUGCUCCGUCGAACAGUGAAAGCCGGCGGCUUGGUGCUCUACAGAGGAUAAAACGACUUAAAAUACAUUGA